CCUACUACUCAAAUUGUUUCUGUUGUAGGCUAUGGAUUUAAGUGUUUCAACUGUGAAAUCACAGCACAAUAGAGCAUGUCACAGGAUUGUUUUUUGCAAGACCCACAUUAAGUGCUGCUAUGCUGCUGUGUUUAGAUUAUACUUUAGCAGCAUAUGUUCUUAAUUGCUUAUUUAAUACUUUAUAUCUAUUCAUACAUGAAUUAAGACUAAGUUAACUGUAUCCCAAGAAAUAUUGGAAGCAAAUUUAUAAUAGCCUACUGUUUGGUUGUCUUGCUCUGUUUUAUUCUAUUGUUUCACGUUUUUCAAUUUUUGAUUUUACAAUCUGCUCAAAUUUGAAACUUUUAAGUUAUAUAAUUUAAUAAAAGUGUGAGAGCCGACCGGAACGAUAUAAACAUACAAUAAUAAUUAUAGAUAACAACGGUCGUUACCAUGUUGUAUGGCCCCGUAACGUCACAUUCUGAUAAACAAUCCACCUUCAUAUAGCUCACUCUAAACAGUUCGUGGACACCGAAUGGAAACGUCAAAUUUCCGACAGUACUUGAAUGCGGCAUUACCGCAGCGGUCUCAGCAGGGCUGCACUAUCAGGCUACAAGGAAGCCAAAUAACGGAGUGCUACUGACGGUCAACCCCUCCCAGCAGCUGAUUUGGAGGGAUGUCCAUUACAAAACAAAGCUGCUCACGAUGCUGGGCACGUUCAAUAGGAUACUGCGACCCGCGCUUAAACAGGCUCAGCCUCAGCUGCUGUCUGGCUUCAGAAGCUCGCAACUAUCAUGGAGACACAUGACGCAGAUCCGCGCGUGUGCUGCGGGUUCAGCAACAUUUCAGUCUCUGGAAGACUGUCUCGUGCUCAACUAUGGAGGGACGCCUAUGCGUUUGAACUACUUGUGGCUGCGGGAUCACUGCCGCUCCCCCUCCUCAUACAACUCUGUGACAAACCAGAGAAACCUGGACACUGGGAGUAUAGACCUCAACAUCCGUCCUGACAAUAUAACUGUGCAAGAUGGCCAUCUCCUCCUCACGUGGCCUGGAGGUCAUGUGUCAAAGUACGGCCUUAGCUGGCUAGCUGAGAACAGCUAUGAAGCAAAGAAGCAGAGCACCGUCCAGCCACGUGUCCUUUGGAAUUCAGACAUCUAUAAAAAUGCAAACGCACCCUCCGCCAAAUGGGACACGUUUAUGAGCAGUGAUGAGGAAGUGAAGAAGUUUCUUCAAAACUAUCUCCUGUACGGGAUCGCUUUUGUAGAUGAUGUCCCAGCUACAGUCGAGGCCACAGAGGCAGUGACCCAGAGGGUCAGUCUGAUCAGGGAGACUACAUACGGAAGAAUGUGGUCUUUAACUUCAGAUUUUUCUAGAGGAGACUCUGCCUACAGCCAGCUGGCCUUGGACCGUCACACUGACACCUCCUACUUUCAGGAACCAUGUGGAAUCCAGGUAUUCCACUGCCUCAGGCAUGAGGGAACUGGGGGAAGGACACUACUUGUAGAUGGGUUCUACGCCGCUGAGAAAGUGCGCCAGCAGUCUCCUGAAAACUUUGAGCUGCUUGCACGUGUGCCGAUCAGGCACGAGUACAUUGAAACCUCUGAGAACCACCAAAACCACAUGACAGGCAUCGGCCCCGUGCUUAACGUCUAUCCUUGGAACAAUGAAAUGUCUCUGAUCCGAUACAACAACUAUGACCGAUCAGUGAUAAACACAGUACCCAAUGACCUUGUUCAGCGAUGGUACGUGGCACAUCGAGAGUUGACUAUAGAACUGAGGCGGCCAGAGAACGAGCUGUGGGUGAAACUGGCUCCAGGGAAAGUGAUUUUCAUAGACAACUGGCGUGUCAUGCAUGGGAGGGAGUCUUUCACUGGCCUGAGGCAGCUCUGUGGAUGCUAUCUGACCAGAGACGACGUCCUCAGCUCCGCACGCUGCUUCGGUCUGCAGGCCUGAUCCUGGACAUGAAGGUUUCUUCACCUCUGUGCUUAAUCAGUUAGCAGCAGGGUCGAACACGCUGUUACUGGGCUUGGUAUUGUCUUUUAAUAUCCUUUGGGCUCUGUGUAGGCACCUCACCUCACUGAUAUCAAUUCCUGCCUGUAAAUGGGUAACAAAGAUGUUCUGGCCGAUUUGAAUCCCCUGCUGUAGAGCACACCUGUCCUGGCUGUGCACAUGCCAGUCUGUGAUGUUUCCAGUCAGGAUGCUUUCUAGUAGUACUAUUGGUCCUCUGUAAAAGAUAACAAGAACGUGGCACAGGAAUUUUGCCUCCUUAAAGCUAAAUGAUGUAUUCUAGAAAUGUGUUUUUAAUAUUUGUCGAAAAUCAAAUGCUUUAACAAAAAAAAAAAAACGUGCGUUGGCCACAGCUCCCUCCCUUCAUUCGCGUUUCAUAGCAACGUGUUGUAAAACACAGAGAAAGGCCUCUUUGCACACAACGAGAUUAACAAAAGAAUAAAGUUCCCCUUAAGUAGUAAGUAGACUAUAGGCAAGCAAGAGGAUGUACAUCUCUGCUAUUAUUUCGUUGGGUUGGAAUAUUGAGUUUUACAGUAUGGAGUUAUUUUAGUAAAACAUUCAGCUUGGUAAGGAGCUAUUUCUUUAUUCUGUCGAGUGACAUAAAUCCAUGUAACGUCCUGCUAACGCUAGCUACCUAAAACAUGAGUAGAAUAUGCUUUUCAGUAUCCUUCUGCUGAACUCCUUGAGCUGCACUCUGCCAUCUUGCUUUUACAAUGCUGUGUGGGAGGUCACUCUCUCAUACUCGCAUGCAGUAACACGGAGGAGCGCCUGGGCCCAGCAACCACAACCAAGAGAGAAGCUGUGAUUACAACACACACAGAGGGAGUGUGACUUUAUCCUCUGCUCACGUCCUUGUUAAUUGUUUUGUAAAUAAUGUUUUUUUAAUUGUUUUUUUUAAAAAUCAUUUUAAAGUGUUGAAUGUCUCCUGAAUUACCCCUAGAAUAAUUAAAUGUAUAAGUACUGAAAUGGUUUGAUAUUAUUGAGCUCUUACAAUCACAUCAUCACAUUAAAAGGUGUAAUAGAGGAUGGGACUGGGUCUGUAAUAUUGCCCUUAUUACAGUAAGUUAUAGCUUAUUAAAAAGUAAGUAUAGCCGAGGCUAUAAGGUAAAUCAGUUGUUUUCAAGUACUUUUGUCUUGAUAAUGGCACGAAAUGAAAUUUUAAAGGAUCACCAAAGUUAUUACAAGUCAUCCUCUGACUGUCUGAAUAGAACAUCCUGGUAAUCCAUUAUGUUGUUGAGAUAUUUAGGUCUGGACCAACGUGGUGGACCGAUCCAAGGUUCAAGUAACACAAGGUUAUUGUAUUUCACUAAAGUGAGGUGUGGGAGAUACGUAUGUGUAUCAUCUCAGUCUAAAUGCAAACAAAUCUGAACAUAAUGAUUUUGAGAAUCACUGUCAACCUGCAGAUCUGAUGUAGUCAUCAGGUAAGAAUUUGUUUGCUGACAUGCUUGUUUAUUGACAAAUCAAUUGGCAAAACUAAAAUUCAUCGUUCUUUAUUGAAAAAUAAUGUGUCCAAGUGGGUAAAGCUGGCUGACUUCACAUCGUAUUUGAGAUCUACUGCGGUUGUAGUUCAGGAUGGCUGCAUUGUUUACCGCAGCAGAGCUGACUGAAUUAAUCAUGCAAAGUAGAUUGGCCAAAGCUAGUCGUAGUUAAAGUGUAACCUGUGUAAUUCUAAUUCAUAUUGGUUUCAUGAAGACGCCAAGCAGUUCAAAGAACACCUAUUAAAGGUCUGUGUGCUGCCUUCACACUUGCCAAAUGAUUAUUCAUUUGUGGGUACUAGAUUUGCAUUAGCAGAGGCCAGAGGGGAAACCAAUUUAUGGACAGGAGGAGGACUCUAACCCGACCGAGCGCUUCAGCUAGAUUUUGAGACUCCAGUGUGAGUUUGCGGCCACCUUGAUGAACCUUGAUGUUAUCAAUUAUAAGCUACAUGACUCAACGACUCAGGAAACAGAGUAUUUUAUUUAAUCAGGAUCUGUGGAUGUCAUAAAGUAAUCAUACUUCAUCCAUAGCUGCUUGACAGUUUGUUUAAAAAAAAGAUGAACUAAAGAUAGAUUUUAUUAAGUUAGUUUGUACUAUCCAUUUAACUGUACAUUUUUUUCAAUUUUAUGCGGAAAUUGUGAUACUUAAAGGUGCUACGUACAAAACUGGGAGCAUUUA